UUAUCUCCUGUUGACUGAGGGCAGGAAUUACGCUUCGCUCGGUGAUGUAUCUGCAAAGCCUGCACGGUGCCCGGUACCCAGCAGGUGCUCAGUAAAUACGGGUAGGACCAAAAGAAAAAAAAAAGAAAAAAAAAUCAAUCCUGAACGAAACAAUACAUGAACGAGCCUGCGGUCUCUACCUCGACUUCCGGCCCUGGUUUAACCCCUUCGCGCUCCAGGUGAGGCUGGGGAGCCGAGCCCAACGCGCCUGCGCAGCACCACCGGGUGGGCGUGCGCAGGUUGUAGUCCCGGAGCAGCGGCAGCACUCCUUUUCGAGGCGCAGCACCCGCGGAGGGUUACAUUCGGGAGAGGCGGGGCCUUCGCAGGCCCGGAGAUUUGGGGGGCGGGACUCACUGGGAGUCCGGGCGGGGCGGCUGCUCCGCGUGCAGUUGCUCCACGUCUGCCUCGCCGCUCGCCCGGGGUCCCGCUCCCCGGCCUCUGCCGCCGCCCCCGGCUCCGUCCCCGGCCUACUCCCGGUCCUCCGCGCAGCCCCGGCCUUCCCCGCCGCAGCCAUGUCCAAGGAGCCGCGGGCCGGGCGGGAGGAGAUCCUGGAGUGCCAGGUGAUGUGGGAGCCUGACAGCAAGAAGAACACGCAGAUGGACCGCUUCCGGGCGGCAGUGGGCGCCGCCUGCGGCCUGGCACUGGAAAAUUAUGAUGACCUGUAUCAUUGGUCAGUUGAGUCGUAUUCAGACUUCUGGGCAGAGUUCUGGAAAUUCAGUGGAAUUGUCUUCUCACGCAUGUAUGAUGAGGUCGUGGACACAUCCAAAGGGAUCGCCGACGUGCCUGAGUGGUUCAAAGGCAGUCGCCUCAACUACACAGAAAACCUCCUGCAACACAAAGAAAACGACCGAGUGGCCCUUUAUGUCGCACGGGAAGGCAAGGAGGAGAUCGUGAAGGUGACUUUUGAAGAGUUGCGGCAACAGGUGGCUUUGUUUGCAGCAGCAAUGAGGAAGAUGGGCGUGAGGAGAGGAGACCGGGUCGUUGGCUACUUGCCCAACAGCGCGCAUGCCGUGGAGGCCAUGCUGGCGGCUGCGAGCAUUGGGGCCAUCUGGAGUUCCACGUCCCCAGACUUUGGCGUGAAUGGCGUUCUGGACCGGUUUUCUCAGAUCCAGCCGAAGCUCAUCUUCUCUGUGGAGGCCGUUGUGUACAAUGGCAAAAAGCACAGCCAUAUGGACAAGCUGCAGCGGGUCGUUAAGGGACUACCAGACCUAAAAAAAGUGGUAUUGAUUCCUUACAUCUCCUCCAGAGAGAAGAUAGACAUCUCCAAGAUUCCAAAUAGCGUGUUCCUGGAGGAUUUCCUGGCCACCGGGCAAGGCGACCAAGCCCCCCAGCUGGAAUUCGAGCAGCUGCCCUUCAGCCACCCACUCUUCAUCAUGUUUUCAUCAGGCACAACAGGAGCACCCAAGUGCAUGGUGCACUCGGCCGGGGGGACGCUCAUCCAGCACCUGAAGGAACACAUUCUUCAUGGCAACAUGACCAGCAGUGACAUCAUCUUGUAUUAUACCACGGUUGGCUGGAUGAUGUGGAACUGGGUGGUGUCUGCUCUUGCCACGGGGGCCGCUGUGGUCCUGUAUGACGGCUCCCCGCUGGUUCCGACACCCAACGUGCUCUGGGAUCUGGUCGACAGGAUCGGCAUCACCAUCCUUGGAACGGGUGCUAAGUGGCUCUCUGUGCUUGAAGAGAAAGACAUGAGGCCAGUGGAAACCCACAGUCUCCAGACACUGCACACGAUCCUGUCCACCGGCUCCCCACUGAAAGCCCAGAGCUACGACUACGUCUACAGGUGCAUCAAGAGCAGCGUCCUGCUGGGCUCCAUCUCAGGUGGCACCGACAUCGUCUCCUGCUUCAUGGGCCAGAAUCCAUCCAUUCCUGUGUACAAAGGGGAGAUUCAGGCUCGGAACCUAGGCAUGGCUGUGGAGGCAUGGAAUGAGCAAGGAAAGGCCGUGUGGGGUGAGAGUGGUGAGCUGGUGUGCACCAAACCGCUCCCCUGCCAGCCCACGCACUUCUGGAAUGAUGAGAAUGGCAGCAAGUACCGGAAAGCGUACUUCUCCAAGUUCCCAGGUGUCUGGGCACACGGUGACUACUGCAGGAUAAAUCCCAAGACCGGGGGAAUCGUCAUGCUGGGCCGAAGCGAUGGCACGCUCAACCCCAGUGGAGUGCGAUUCGGCAGCUCGGAAAUCUAUAACAUUGUGGAAGCCUUCGAGGAGGUGCUGGACAGCCUGUGUGUCCCGCAAUACAACAAGGACGGGGAGGAGAGGGUGAUCCUCUUCCUGAAGAUGGCUUCCGGCCACACCUUCCGGCCUGACCUGGUGAAGCGGAUCCGUGAGGCCAUCCGCCUCGGCCUGUCUGCCCGGCACGUGCCCAGCCUCAUUCUGGAGACGCAGGGCAUCCCGUACACCCUCAACGGCAAGAAGGUGGAAGUGGCUGUGAAGCAGAUCAUCGCUGGGAAGACGGUGGAGCACCGAGGGGCCUUCUCGAAUCCCGAGACCCUGGAGUUGUACCGGGACAUCCCUCAGCUGCAGGACUUUUGAGCCGAGCUGGCCAGCAUGUCCCUCAGCCACAUGCGCCUGCCACAAGGCAUGUGGGAUCUUAAGCUCCCUGACCGGGGAUCGAACCCACACCCCGUGCAUGGGAGGCGAAGUCUGAACCAUUGGAUCACCAGGGAAAUCCCUGUACACCUCCUUUUAUUGUAAGCUGUUUUAUUGUGCUUCGAAGAUACUGUGGUUUUUGUUUUUGUUUUUUUUAACAGAUUGAAGGUUUGUGACAACCCU